AUGGCCCAAUCGCACAACACUGAUGUGCCGAUGGGGGAGGAAGAGCUCGACGCUUCCUUCUCUGUGGAUUCUUUCUUUGCAGACGAGCCAGAAUCUCCUGCUGGUCCCUCUAAUCCUCCCCCUGCCAAGAAGUUGUGCGGCGAAGGCUCUUCCUCAGCCCCGCCGGCUUCUGCCAGUGGUCCCCGAGCCCCGUUGCCUCGCGGCAACUCGGUUCCCCCAACAUCCCAGCCCGCUGCUACCUCGCAGCAGACGAGGUCUGCAACCGAAACAAGCAUCGCGACAGGCCCCGCGCUUUCUGGCCCUCUCAACCGCCUCCGGCGCAACCGUGAGAAUAUCGGUGUGGUUGCCGACUCUCUUGUUCGUGACACGGACUGCUUGACCACUAUUAUCUUUCCUGAUUCUGCUGAGUCGCACCGCUAUAAGAUUGUGGACCGCAUCCGCCAAGGCCUUCGGGGCCGUGAUUUCGGUGGUGUGGUUCCCAAGUUUGAUCAUGCGCCAGGAGAAAUCCUGCGCCUCCCUCGUAGGUCGUAUUGCAGGCACAUCUUGCAGUGGCCUACGAAGGAUGCGGCUCUUCAUUUCCGUAACGUGCUUCCGCUCACGUACCGUGCUGAGGGUGUGUCCGCAGAGAUCAAGUUCUAUCAGGACCCCGAGCCCGAAUAUUCCGCCGCCAGGGCCGCCGGCACUACGCACCUCGUCAUCCGAAACGUCCCUAUCGGCUUUGCGAUAGCCGACAUCCUCACCCUUCUCACCAAGGACCGCCGUCCGCCGGCAAGGAGGUGGCUGAAGGAGCUCCGCCACUUCCAUAAGGCGUACGAUCCUUACGAUCGCGGGAAGCUCAUCGGUCAGAACCCUGCUGCUCACGCUUUCAAGCAGGACCCUGGUCUCCUGUACAUAGGACUCGAGGGAGACGUCGAGGCCUGCACCUGCGGAGUGUGCUCUUUCUGCUGCGGCUGGGCGCUGGACAGUGCCAUGCAGCACCUCAAAACUUCCGCUCACCAGAGUCGUCUGCUAGAUACCGUCAAGAAGGCAGCUCCCAUUGUGGAGUUGGGGGACACCCCGGCUCACCUGUUUGUUCAGAGGGGUGCCAUCGCAAAUUUCCUGACCGAGGAGGUGUGA